UUCAAUGAUUGGUCUGGGAGGGGGUUGUACGUUCUCUCAUUCAGUGAAGAAAUAACCAUGGCGGUGAUCGCUCCUCUGCUGGCUCUGAUCUAUGGGGCGCCCGGCCUCUGGCGAUGGGUCUCCCAGCCGUACUACCUCCUGUCGGCGCUGCUCUCCGUCUCCUUCGUCAUGAUCAGGAAGAUCUCUCCGGUGUGCACGGCGCUGCCCACCCAGAGGGAGGACGGCAACCCCUGUGACUUUGACUGGAGAGAAGUAGAGAUAUUGAUGUUCCUCAGCGCCAUUGUUAUGAUGAAGAACAGACGAAGCAUUACGAUUGAACAGCACGUUGGGAACAUCUUCAUGUUCAGUAAGGUUGCCAAUACGAUUUUGUUCUUCCGCUUGGACCUGCGUAUGGGCUUGCUGUAUGUCACACUGUGCCUAGUUUUUCUCAUGACCUGUAAGCCUCCGCUGUAUAUGGGUCCUGAACAUAUCAAGUAUUUCAACGACAAAACAAUGGAGGAGGAGAUGCAGUCCGAUCGUCGGGUCACAUGGCUGGUGGAGUUCUUUGCCAACUGGUCGUCCGAGUGCCAGUCCUUUGCACCCAUCUAUGCUGAGCUGUCUUUAAAGUACAACUGUGCUGGUCUGAAGUUUGGGAAGGUUGACAUAGGCCGGUAUCCUGAUGUCAGCACCAA